AUGUCCCCCCAUCUGCUGUCUUUCCGGUAGUUUCGAUAUUUUAUUUCAGUAUUCCAGCAUCUACGGAUUUUCCCUUUGCUUCUCCGAUAGCAUCGGUUGACGAGUGCUGAGUCCAAUAGGUUCCGGGAGAUGGGUGAACUCGUGUCCAACCUUUGCUCCGCCUGUGCGAUCCAACAGUGAAAUCUUUGCUGAUUUUGCUACCCUUCCUUCCCCCAAAGAUCAGUAUCUUCGCUUUCCCCUGCCUGGCCCAUAGAUGCUAGAGGAGCUCCUCUAGUAUCUUUGGUCUGGCCUCCGUUUCCCAGGGCUUGUUAAUGUGGCAGGCAAAGAGGCAGUAGCUGCAGUACUCGGCAUGGACAGCAGGCGCCGCCCGCCUGCCUGUCUCUUCCGCCGCCCGGAGACGGCACAUUGGGCACAGCGGAAAGCUUCGGUGCAACAGUUCAGUGAAUGAAAGAGCUACAUAAUUGGGAACGGUGGCAAAGGGAAAAGACCGGCGCGGGAGAGAAUACAUGAAGAUUGCAGCUUUGUUCACAGGAACCUUGCUCAGCCCUGCUCCAGUGAAGGGUGUGCUAUUGCCAUUGAGAGGAGCAGGGGAAGGUUCUUCCCUGAUACACACUGAGCGCCUGAUUCGCGUUGUGCUGAUCGAGAGGAUGCGUGUGUAAAUAGGAAGUAAUCCGCGACUCCGCAAAUCAGUGCGCUGCUGUUGCCCCGGAUUAUGUCUGGGUGGUAGCUCUCUUGGCAUCGCCCGUCUGUAAAUGGGAAAUUCGCUGUUUUGGAGCGCCAGGGAGCCCGCCACUGUGGAGGAAUGCGACUCGACCUGGGAGAGCGACUCGGAACCGGAGGAGCAGCAAGCGCUUGCUCAGAAAACGCUCGCCACGGCCGAGGAAGCGAGGGGAGGCGGGAGCGGAGAGGACCAGAAUAAGGAUAAUCUUGACACUUCAUUCAAACGAAAGAGAAGUUACUUUGCUGCCAGAGACCUGUAUAUGUACCGACAUGACUAUCCAGCAAAAUCACGAGAGAACAGUGGUCAAGUCAAUCUCAAGUUUUAUAUGAAGGAAAUACCGUUGAAACCGGAUGGUAUUUAUAUUGAUGAUAUCCUCACCACAUGGAAAGGAGACUAUGACAAGCUAGAAAACAACCACACCUAUAUUCAAUGGCUAUUCCCGCUGCGAGAACCAGGACUAAACUGGCAUGCUGAGGAACUGACCACCGAGGAGAUCAAGGAAUUCCUUAAAACCAAGGAAGCAAAAUCUAACUAUCUCCAGGGUUAUGAAAUAAUGUUGGAUUUCUUUGGAAUGAAACUAGAAGAUAAAAACACAGGGACAGUGGCUCGUGCUUCAAACUGGAAGGAACGAUUUCAACAUCUCAAUGAAUCCGAGCACAAUUAUCUGAGAAUCACCCGCAUUUUAAAAAGUUUAGGAGAAUUUAAGUUUGAGAGCUUCCAGAUUGGCCUGGUCCACUUCCUGCUGUAUGAGGCGUUAGUUGAAGAGACUCUGCCCAACAUGUUGCACAGUGCUUUGGAAUAUUUUGUUUACACAAUAAAAUCCAGGAAAGAGAGAAGGAAACUCCUGCGCUUUGCCCAUCAGCAUUAUAAGCCACCAGAGAACUUUAUCUGGGGGCCUCCCAGGAAGGAGGUGUCAGGAGCUAAAGGUACCAUAGCCAAGUCCUCUCUAUCGGAGACGACUUUAUCUGCUCCAGAGAAAACCAGGUGUGAAGACAUAAGCGAUAAGUCAAAAACCAACGUUGAAUUGGCAGCUGGGACAGAGUUGGCCUCAUCUACUGAAACCAGUCCAGAAACAGGCAUGCAUCAAAAAGAACAACUCACAGAUCAAGGCAACACCAAGGUGGAAAAUGUUGCAGCCAAGAAUAACAUCUUUGUCAAAGAGAAGAGUGAUCAUCAGGUGACUACAAAGCCUAAAGUACCAACAGAAAUCAAAAUUGGUGAUCAAGCACUUCAGUGCCAAAUACAAAAUGGAGCAGAUACUGACGCAACAGAGAAAUAGUUACAAGAAUUCCAAGAGGACAUUAUUUUCUGAUAUGAUUAUAGAACAAGGCACUAGUCCAGCCUGUGAAUAGGUGGUCAAAGGCAGAUCUCAGCUGAAACUCCAUGACAAAGCAUUCGUGAAAUGACCUUUGAAUCUCCUUGCUCUGCCGAUGGACAUGCUCGUGAUUGUAUUUUUUAUAUAUUUCUAACAAUGUGUAAAAGUUGAAUGUUUAUAUAACUUCGGCAGUGUUGCACUCAGAGUAAUAAUCUGUGAUUGGGGUCUCUUCAGUUUUUGUAAAACUUUUUAUACAUGAGGUACAUUCUGUCCUGAAUGCAAGGAGCAAAAUAUGGAUUAAUUAAUAAAAAUUGUCCAUAAAUUUGUAGAGACUGUAAUAGUAUAGAUUCAUUUGCAUCCAAUAGUGUAACUGGGUUAGAUUGCAUUAGCAAUCAUUUCACAGUUGUACUUGUAGCCCAGGCACAAUUUACUUUUUGUUAAAGUAAAUGUGCAAUUUACUUCAGCAAACCCAAUAUUUUCCCAGCAUCGACCAUGUACCAAAAGUCAAGGAUGGUGCAGUGGAUAAUUUAUGUAGAAAUCUGAGCUUCUGGGUACAAUCUUACAGCUUUUGCAUAUUUGCUAAAGAAUCGGGAGCAAACUGAAGUAUCAAUUACAGAGUUUUCUCUUUGAUAUUGGUACCCACCUUUGGCAACGCUGGCCUCAAUGUUAAAUGCUCGGGAUAAAGGUGGUUGUUUCCUCACUCUUUGCCACUUUUAUACAAUCAUCUCUGACCUGCACCAUGAUUAACCCACACCUUGUAGUGGUGUCACUUCUGGCAUGGAUCCAAACAGAUUCUCCAUUCUUCCCCUGUGUUUUUCUGGCAGCCCUUUAUACAACUGUUCUGCGUCAUCCUAUGUGGAGAGUUCCUUUAAGAUUUGACGCUCUUCCAAGCGUUUAGCAUGGUAAUGAUGCAACACCAACAAGAUGCUCCAGAGUCUCCCACUGGAACCCUGCAAGUUCCACUUUAGUACUUGGUUCUGGGUGCAAACUGCAAGAGUGCCAAAGUUCUAUUUUGGAGAAAUAGUGUUGUGUGGAGUUUGUGUUCGAUGAAUGAAUGAAAUCCUAUUUCCAAGCUUACGUCCUUUUGUGGCAAAUGUACUAAUGAACAGUUUUAAUGCUUAGUGUCAAUUAAUCUAUCUGAUAUUUGAUGGGAGGAAUUUUUAUAAAGUUCCAACUCUGUAGAUUAUUCUGGAGAUUUGAUUACCCCCAACGUCCAUUCACAUGACAUGGACAACAGUCUUCUCCCCGCUCAUUUCUCGAUAGUUAUCUCAUUAAAAAAGGUUUAAAGCAAAUAAAAAAAUACUUAAGCAGUGCUUUUCUUUCUUUGGAUUGACCUCUAGUUUCUGAAAACUCCAGGAAGGUCAAAAACCCAAGAAUUAUGACAAGCAUAGUGUGUUUUUGGUGCAAAAGGGAUAUUGCUAUCUGUUCAUACCAAUGUACAUAUUUUAUUUCACAUUAAAAACCAUGGAUUUCUUGCAAUAAAAAAAAACUGUUGAUGAAAGCAGUGAG